CUUCAGUCCAUUAACGUCCCUCUUACAUAUAUUCCCACACGAGAAAUGAAACAAUUCUUUGAAUACACCUCCCCUUCAACCGCACAAACACCUGCCUCUUUUAAUGGUAACGCCCCCUGGACAAAAUCAUUGUAUCCCUUGGUAAAAAAAACGUUAUACUCAAUCAUCUACCCAAGCUCUCUCUUUAAAGACAUCAAUGUCCGGGGAGAAGACGGUGCCGCCAUGGCCCAGUUCGAGGAGGUUCUGGACAGAGUGCAGGAAGCUCUGACUCGGUCCUCUCCUGCUGAGAUCUGUGCUCUAUUCCAACAUUUGGUGAAGGACCAGAUCAUCUCCGAGGCCUAUGGCAAGAGCUUGGGCCUGUACCAACUUUCUGACAAGAUGGCACCUAAACCAAAGUCUGAUCUAAUGAGUUCUCAAGGGUCUACCUCCCACUGGACCCUCAACCAGGGUCAACUCAGCCAGGUAAGGAAAUCUGACCCUUACCAGACAGGAUUUGAGUUUGAACCGUCAGUGGCUGAACAUGACUGCUCAGGACCCAGGCCAACUAUUGAUCCACUUUAUGAACAUCAAGGGAAUAAUCCAAAGAUUAUUCAGGAACUGGGUGGGGGGCCAGUGAUGGACAAACACUACCUCAACCACAGGCUCUCUUCUACAUCGAUAAUAAGUGACUAUCAAUGCGGUUUCAGAUCAGACAAUCGAAUGAAGGAACUGCUGAGAGGUGCAGAAAGAAUGCAGAAGCCAUUAGGUGAAACUGACAUAAUAGAUGAGGGGAAUUUGGAGGAUGAGAAGGAGUGGUUAGAGCAGGUAGAGGAGGCGGCGAGAAGGAUAGCUGUCCCUCUGUGGCAGCACUGGGACAGAGGACGGAGGAUCUUGCUGCCACUGGUUCCUGGUAUGACUGCUGGCUGUGCAACCGGAGAAAACACAACAAAAAACAGAGAAGCACAGUGCCAUGUUUUCAAUAUGGAAGAGGAGACGGAGCUUGCAAUCGCUUGCAGGACUUUAGAUUUGUACUGUGACAGCUUUAACUGUACAGAGGCAGACUCAAGAUUCACACUGGACAACGAAGGAGCCACUGGCACUGCAGAAAGUCCGUAUUUCUCUACAUACGACAGCGUAGCGACAACUGAUUUGAACCAGUUCUUUACCUAUGAAACAAGAAGAGAAGUCUCACCUGAUGUCGAUGUCUGCCGGGCAGCUGACAGGUCAACAAAGGAUCUGCUCUGUUCAAUGGGAGAUGGACAAUGGGGCAUGGACACAGGAUUUACAGAAGAUAUUACACAUGUAUUUUCUCCCUGUACACUUACAGACACUCACACCGACGCACAAGACCACUCGUUUUACUCCAACACAGAUCAGAGCAUGACAUUAGAUAUGUUCAACGAUGCAGAAAAUGUUUUAAAGACUGCUUGUGAUGCUUGCUUGCAUUGGAAUAAAGAGGAUGAGGAGGAGGUGGAUUCACACUGUGCAGGUGCCAAGAUGCAGGAAAUGGAACAGGACCCGUUUGUAUGUCCUUUCGAUCUAGCAGAUGAUUUAUCUAAGAUCUUGACUGAUGACUUCCUGGGGAUAGGGGAUCCUAACCUCGACACUGAGGGGUUCUUUGACGAUCCACUGUUUAAUUGUGUGGAGGAACUCAGCACCUGCACUGAUCUUCCCAUGAUGACAGAGCCCUUCCCCGACAUCCAGCAGCAGGGAGAGGAGGUCAAAACAACAGGCAAAACAAAAAGCAGAAGUAAAAGACCCAGAGCUCCUCGGAUACAACAGUGCCCCGAUCAGGACACACCAUCUAGGCCAAAGAGACAAAGAGCAGCAGCUCAACCAAAAACUAAAGUGGUGCAGGCUGAGCUGUCAAUCACCCAAGCCACAGGAUCAGAGCCAAGUUCAGCAGAGACAGCUGGCCUCUCCACCACUCCACCAAGAAUCCUCCAUCUCCAUCCCUCCAUUCAGUUUAUCACCAUCCCAGACACUCCAUCAUGUCAGGUUGUUCGGAGCCUGAGGCUCUCUCCUUCAGUAAUUACACUUCCAAUCACCAAUACUGCUGCCACACCUACUUACAUAUUUGUUCCUGCUGGAUCACCGCAAUUCAAACCUCAAGUGCCACCCCUCUCCCCGACGAAUGGUGAAGUAGCUCCAGUCCAAAUGAGUUCAUCCCCACGAGGAUCUCUGUCAGACACCGCAAGCAAAGCCUUAACUCAUCCUUGUGCCUCACCCCUCUCACCUGGCAAUGAGCCGUCUACGUGUAAGCAAUCCCCUCUUCCUCAGUGUCCCACGCCCCUUGAUAUUCCACAGGAUGUGAAGGACUACAUCCAGGAAGCCAAAGCCCACAUGAGUCAAGCAUGCCAGGUUAUGGAGGCUGGCCUCAGCCUGACGUCUCAUUAUGUGGAUGUGCCAGUGAGCCAGAGGGAAAUUCUUCACUCUGGAAAAAACAUAAACAAAGCCCUGGACAAAGAGAUAGUCAUCAUGGGAGAUACAGAUCGACAAAAAAGCUUGUUGGGGAGGAGUCAGAUAUUUGUGAGAUCAAAUGGAGACAAACCAAAACGCUACAUUUUGCUUCUAGGCAAUGCUGGCAUGGGAAAAACCACCCUGAUAAGAAGACUGUGUCUCGACUGGUCCACAGACUGCAUCCCACAGUUUGACUUUCUCUUCUUGUUAGACAGCAAGGCACUCUCUUUAACGGACGCUACCUUUAGCCUUCAGACCCUCUUACUAAACCUCUCCUCCUUUGCCCCUACCUGCAAGGACCCCAACGCAGUGUACGCUCAAAUCCUUGCAGCCCCUAAGCGCGUGCUUGUCAUUUUUGAUGGGUUUUGCGAGUUGCGGGACUAUGAAAUUCUUCUCCAGACUCAAGAAAAAGACUUAGUAACGUCGUUACAGAAGGACAGUAAAGCACAGACCUUCACAGUAAAACAGUUGUACUCUGCCAUCCUUCAGAGGGUCCUCCUUCCAGGAUGCACACUUCUGCUUUCUACCCGAACGAGAGGCACAGCCAGCCAGCUUCUCCGCCGAACGGACAGCCUUUUGGAGGUGUGUGGUUUCACCCCCACUGACGUACAGAUAUAUCUGUCCCAGUACUUCACUGAUCCUGACCUCAGAGUAUCUGCUUUGGAUUGCUUCAAAAACUGCAGCUAUCUACAUCUCCUGUGCUGGAACCCUGGACUUUGUCGCUUGGUCUGCUUGGUUUUAGAACAAUGCAAAAGUUUGGAGGUCCUACCGAGAACGUUAACCGAGCUCUGCCAUCAAGUGCUUCGUAUGAAAGUGGAAAAAGACAGUAAGGACACAAACUCACAGGCUGAAACUCCAUCGGAAAUAUCUGAGAAAUCAGUUGAAGAAACCCAGACAAAAAGCUCAAGUAGUUCUCAAAUGAAGAGGCGUAAUAAAAGCACUCACACACAAAGAACAAGGGGUUCAAAAAAACAGGAGAAAGAUGACAAAGACGGAGAGGAAAUGAAGAGUAAUGGCUGGGAAGCAGUCAAAACCCAGGAGAGGGAGUUGCUGGCCCAGCUAAGUUCUCUGGCCUGGGAGGGGAUCAAAGCAAACUCUUCCAUCGUCCCCAAAGGACGGACCAUAUCUGCAAAACUCAAGGCGUUCGGCCAAAGAACAGGGCUCUUACUCUCUUAUAAUCUGGGGACGAGGCAGGUUGUCUCAAGUUGUGAGAGUGAGGACAGAAGGAAAACUGGAACAAGAGAGACUGGAGAAAAGAGGGGAAGCAAGGGAAGGAAGGAAACUGAAAACGCUGAUGCCAGUGAUGACCAAAUCCUGAUGUGGGCCAACCCUUUCCUUCAGAGUUACCUUGCAGGGGUCCAUUUGUCUCUGUCAAGGACAAUAACAGACCGUGCCUUCCUCCAGACCCUCCCUUUCCAAUCUGGCCAGAAGGGUCGCCGGCGGCCUCAAAGGGAGGAGCUCGAUCUGACUCAGCGGUUUGCGGUCGGGCUGUUGUUCUACAACCGGAGAGAGCUUCAGAGGUUUCACUCAUACACAGAGACAACCUUCAGGGACAUGGUGGCCUCUAAGCAGGCUUUAGUGACAACACACCUUGAAGGUCUUUCCCAUGAUGACCUGAGCCCCGCCCAGGUCCUGGAGGCUUGUCGCUAUGUUUAUGAGGCGAGUUCCUCACAUGGUGAUGGUAGCAGAGACAGUGGUAGUCAACGAUUGGUUGCUCAUCUGGCAGAGAAUCUUCCAGAGGUCCUGACAUUUCACGGAGUUCCUUUUAAGCCAUCGGACGUGUUUGCUGUGCAGAACGUUCUCGACCAGGGUGGAGCUGACGGUAGAAGGUUUUGUUUGAAUCUGGAGGAUUCUGGGAUACAGAUUUCGGGACUCAGAGCUCUGUUGGGGCUCAACAACAUCAACACAUACAGGGCAUGCAUUGCUGAUGUGAUCACCUUGUGGGAGCAGCUAGAGCAGAGCGGUGAAGAAGCGCUCCUACAAGUGACGGUGUCCAAAUUCAAGGUCCACCCUCUGAAAGCCACACAAGUGUGUCACAUAGAGCACCUGGCGAAGCUGGUGAACAUACAUGUGCACAAGAGGCUGUCAGACAGUUCCAGCCAAUGCGAUUCAAUCCUGGCAGAGGGGGUACCGGCAGUUAAAGAGCUACACAAGCUAGAGUUAGAGCUUGGUCCAGAGAAAGGUCCCCUGGUUCUUCCCAAGCUAUGGGAGCUCCUGCCAGGUCUACACAACCUACAGCACUUAGAUCUAGAGAACAGUACGAUUGGGGACAAAGGAGCAGAGGAAUUGGCGGAUACUUUAGUCUCACUUGGGUCCCUGGAGAUUCUCAAUUUGUCACAGAAUUGCAUAGGAGACCAGGGGGUGAGGAAACUGGCAACUGUGCUGCGGGAUCUUCCCAAACUGCACUGUUUAAGUCUCUACAGUAAUGUGAUUUGUGACGAAGGUGCAGAGACUCUGGCUGCUGUCCUCCCACACAUGGCUUCGCUCACUGACCUGGAUGUCAAGUACAACAAGCUAACAAGUGUUGGAGCACAGAGCCUGGGAGCCAGUCUGAGAAACUGUAGAAAAAUAAAGACCUUGAGGAUGUGGAACCAGUGUAUUCCUUACGGCGUGUUUGAGAGACUUCAGCAGCAGGACAACAGGAUCCAGUGGCAGUAGAACAAUAGGCGCAUUCACACCGCAGUACUUUUCCCACAAAGGUUCAUGAGAACUUAGUUCAUGAGAACUCUUUAGUUCGCAUGAACUAAGUACAGAUCGCGUUCACACCGGAAUAAGUCCCUGGGGGAGGAUUAGGCAAAUGAAGCCGCCGACGUCACUUCUUCUUCUUCUGCUUUGGGUUUACUGGCAGGCCGCAAACCACUUCACGGCGUAUACUGCCGCCCAAAGUCCCCGGUCGGAAGUCCCCGGAGUUGGGGACUGGCUUCAGGAGAAGCGGCUGGGACUCCUAGCCAGUAGCGUGGCGUGGGGAAAACAAUAGGGGAAGCCAAUAAUACGUCCUUUCUUUUGGGUCGGGGGUGUGGUGGUCAAUGUGAUAACAUAACCAGAUGAGUGAUUACAGCACCCGGUAUC